AUAACAAGGCCACCACAACCUUACCAUAUAAACCCCCGUCAUUUACCCGUCCCCACGCCUUUAUUAACCCUUCACAAUGCACCAAAAAGGCUUAAAUAGUAGUGAAUUAAUGCCUUUUUCAUCCACUGGGGUCAAAAGAGGUCAGAAUGAAGGAUAAAUGGCAAAAAACAAGGUGGAAGUCACAGCCAGAUCGGAACACGGGCAGACUGAGGUAGUGUUCAAAAUGGCUGCCGCUCGAUAGCCGCUCCUCACCACAUAGCUACACCAUUUUGCCGUUUUUCACCGGAUAUCUGAGUAUGGCGUGUCGUGUAGCGUGCGUAGCGUGUACCUGUGUGUCGUAUCACCCGGUAAGAUGAACCAGGAGGCCGAAAUAAAGAGGGGCGCGGCGUAAAACACAAAAGAAAAGCCACUACCCACUUGGCAGGAUAAGAACUAGGAUAUCUACAUUUUCCCCGCUAUUUCUCCCCCUCGACGUCCAAGAUGUGGAAUAUGAUGUGUGAUGUGAUGCCCACCAUAGCGGAGGACGGCAUCACCCCCAGGGGCUCGCAGUUCAGCGGGGAUGACGCCAAUUUCGAGCAACUAAUGGUGUCAAUGCUGGACGAGAGAGACAAACUGCUGGACACGGUGAGAGAGACCCAGGAGAGACUCAGCGAACUGGAGACCAAGUACCAGGAGCUCGAGAAGGAGAGAGACAGCUUGCAGAGACAGCUUGAUGCCAAUUUGCCGCAGGAGUUUGCAACGCUAACUAAAGAAUUGAAUGGCGCAAGAGAGAACCUUUUAGAGCGAGACGAGGAGAUAACUGAGCUGAAGGCCGAGAGAAACAACACCAGGUUACUGCUGGAACAUCUGGAGUGUCUAGUGUCCCGUCACGAGCGUUCCCUGAGGAUGACAGUGGUGAAGCGACAGGCGGCGUCCCAGAGUGGUGUGAGCUCAGAGGUGGAAGUUUUGAAGGCCUUGAAGUCUCUAUUUGAGCACCACAAGGCUCUAGAUGAGAAGGUGAGGGAAAGGUUACGAGUGGCCCUGGAGAGAGUGGCUUCCCUGGAGGAGGACCUCACACACACCAGAGAGGAGCUGAGCCAGUACAAGAUGGGUAAGAUGCCGGGGGACGGGGCGGAGGGGGCGCGGGUCAACGGAGAGGCCGCCCCCCAGUCCCUGGAGGGGCCGCCCCCCGGGGUUAAGGGGUCCCCCUCCACCGCCACCAACAGCGACCAGGCACACGUGACGGCUGAACUGAACGCAGCGAGGGAGAGAGUGAGAGAGCUCCAGAACCGACUACAGGAGCUGGAGGACAACCUGCAGAUGACACAGAAGGAGUUAGUCAAGGCUCAGGAGAUCAACUCUAGGCUCCAGCGAGACUUGAAGGAGAACGUGGCGCAGAAGGAGGAUCAGGAGGAGAGGAUCGCCACCCUGGAGAAGAGGUACUUGAAUGCCCAGCGGGAGUCCACGUCUCUCCAUGACCUCAAUGAAAAACUGGAAGAGGAACUCAAGAACAAGGAGGCUCAGUAUAAGCUACAAGAGGACAAGAUUCGAGCGCUGCAGGAGAAGGUGGAGCUAAGCGAACAGAAGCUGGCUCAGUAUGCAAAGCUGCCAGAUGUGGAGCAGGAGUUGAAGCAGAGGAUGGAGGCGCUGCAUCAGGUACAGGAGAAACAUGGGAGCGCUGAGGAUCGCAUACAACGCCUAGAGAACCAGCUGGAUGAGAAGGGUGCCGAGCUGCUCCGCCUCAACCAGCGCCUCAAGAUGAACGAAGACCACAACACUCGCCUCUCCAGCACUGUUGAUAAGCUGCUGCAACAAUCCAACGAUCGUCUCCAGGUUCACUUGAAGGAGAGAAUGCACGCCCUGGAGGAGAAGAACGCUCUCACUGCUGAACUGGAAAGAACACGUAAGAUCUUAGAAGACUCCACGCAGGAAAAGAAUGAAAUAUUGAAAGAAUUGUCCAGGCGACAACUAGAGGCUGAACAGCUGAAGCAACAAUUGUUGCAACAGGAGAUUGCCUUCAAUAUUAAACAGACAGAAGCUUUGACCAGGUCAGUGUCGCCCACCGGAGGAGAAUUUGUACGCAGCACCUCCCACUCCAGUUUCGAGUCUCGUUCUCUCCCGCGUCGGCCUCCGUCUGCCCCGCCUGCACACAAACGCACACCUGGGAGCCUUGACGACGAGAAUUCACAGGCAAACACAGGCUGGGAAAUGGCAGGAGGACACUUAGCAGGCCAGUUUACUAGUGAAGGAGGAGAGCUGUCUGACGGAGAGGCUGAAGAUGCAGAGUCAAUCUUCUCCCACAUUGAUAUGCUCUCCCCGUCCCACCACCAGGACACCCAAACACUGGUUAUCAUGCUGCAGGACCAAGUGGAAGCUAUCGACAAUGAGAUCAGCAACCUAGUUGGGGGUAGAGGAGGGAGUGUGGGGGGGACUGAGGCUUAUUGGGCAGGCGUGGUGUCCCCCCAAGGUCCUCCCUCAGCGUGGGAUGCCAUUCCAGACCAACGUAGCAGGUUAUUAGAGGAGGAGAAGCAGACCACAGAGGCGAGGGCGGAGGAGCUGGAGAAGUGUGUGGGCUCGGUGGAACACAUGAUGCUCCGAGGACGUUCCCUGGAGCGCCCCUCACCCCCCAUAUCGGGCCGCUCCACCCCGAAGUCACACCACUCUCCUUCGCGGGACUACCUGCAGAAAUAUCACACGGCACCUGCUGGCAUGUCCCCCUCUCAUAUGUACAAGUUUAUGAGCGAACGCCGCCUUUCUGGGGACUCUCUGCCGGGAUCUCAGGGCAACUUAUCGAACAUGAACCGAGUGGAGGGGUGCGACGAAAACCAGGUAUCUUUGGGGGUGCGUAGCGAUGGUUCUCCCCCUACGCCCCGCUCCCUACGCCUCAUGAUGCCUGCCUCUAUACCCCCUACAAGUCUGGUGCCGGCGGGUAACAGCCUGGCCAGCAUGGGGCCACCCCCACAGCACCUCGGCAACCUGGCAGCGUCUUCGGAGGAUCUGAGGAGGUAUACACCCGUGCCUGAACACUCACCCGCCUCUGCUCUUACGCCUGCUGCUCCACACCACCUCCCAUGCUCACCAGGAGCCAGUGUUGGCAACCCCCCCAUGGCCCUGAUCCCCGCAAACUGCAGCCUCCUCUCCAGCCCCAUGCUAAGCUCCCAGGACUCGCUGCAUAAGAGUGUCAUCAACCAACCCAAGAAGAAGGGAAUCAAAUCCUCUAUUGGCAGAUUCUUCAGUAAAAAGGACAAGCAACAGGUGAAGAUGAAGGAGGCCCUGCAGCACCACCCGGGCAGCCUCACCUCCUCGGGGAUCUACAGCGACGGGGACAUUGGGUCCUCCGAUUCACUCUCUCAGGCAUGGACCGGACAGAAACCUGAUAUGCGGACCAAGAAGAACCUGCCCAGUUACCGGUAUGAGUUGCUGGCGGAGGCGAUGAAAGCCGGCACACCAUUUCCUCUGUGGAACGGCCCAACCAUUGUGGCCUGGCUGGAGCUCUGGGUGGGGAUGCCGGCCUGGUACGUCGCCGCCUGCCGUGCUAAUGUCAAGUCUGGAGGCAUCAUGUCGGCGCUCAGUGAUGCGGAGAUCCAGCGGGAGAUUGGCAUAUCCAACCCACUCCAUCGUUUGAAAUUACGUCUAGCUAUUCAGGAGAUGGUUUCGCUGACGUCGCCCUCCGCGCCCAAAACAUCACGGACCACGCUGGCUUUCGGGCACAUGAAUCACGAGUGGGUGGGCAACGAGUGGCUCUUAGCGCUGGGCCUGCCGCAGUACAGGACGACUUUCAUGGAGUGCUUGGUGGACGCUCGGAUGCUGGACCACCUCUCGAAAAAGGACCUCAGGGGGCAGCUCAAAAUGGUGGAUGCUUUUCAUAGGACGUCGCUUCAGUUCGGCAUUACAGCUCUGAAGAAGGUGAAUUACGACCGUGUGGCUCUGGAGGAUCGUCGACGCCAGUGUGAGGAGGAAAAUGUCGACGUCCUAGUGUGGACCAACGACAGGGUGAUGAAGUGGAUAUCCUUCAUUGGCCUUAAGGAGUACGCCAACAACCUGGUGGAGUCUGGGGUGCACGGGGCCCUUGUUGCCCUGGACGAGAGCUUUGACUACAAUGCCCUGGCCCUCGCACUGCAGAUACCCACCCAGAACACACAGGCCAGACAGCUGCUGGACAAGGAAUUCAGGAACCUGCUGGCGACAGGAACCGAUCGCACUGACAUCAACAAAUCCUGAUAUGAGGCCCCUGCUGUGAAGGAUGCCGAGGCCAGGCUGGUGUGAAGCCCUCAGACCCACGGGAGGAGGAGGAGGAGGAGGUGCAGAGGUGGCAGGAGGAGGAGGAGGAGGAGGAUAUGUGAAGGAUGAUGAGAUGAGAUUUGAAGGUGAGUGUUGAAUAAAAGGAGGAGGAGGAGGAGGAGGAAACCAUGAAGAGAAGAGAUUGAUGAUGGCAGAAGAGGAAAGGGUGAAAGAUGAAGUAAAGGAAGACAAAAGAAAAAAGAUGAAGAACAAGAGAAAGAGAGAGAGAGAGAGAGAGAGACAUCCUUCACACAAAGAGAUAAAAAGCCACAUCCUACCACCUUAACCUCCUAAGUAAUCCUACAACCUCCCACAGAAGGAUCCAGGGGUGUCUCCUCCUCCCUGGGGCCCUACACACAUCCUUCACAAGCUGCAGUCACAAAACACCUUUAAACUGAAGGAAAAACUGAUUUCCUUCACCCUCUAAAGGAUGCUGAAGGAUCCUUAUGACCUCAAACACUCAAGUGAAGGAUACAAGACUGAUAUCCUUCCCUCUAGGACGCUGGAAGGAACUUAAAUGACGUACAAGCUUAUAGGAUACCCCCACAAGUCACCACUGCUAGACUUGAGAGUGUCUUUUGUCAAGCCAACAUCCUACAGGACGCUAGGACACCCAAGGGUGAAAGGACGUCAAAUUUGGGAGGGCAUUUUAACGCUCCCUCCCUUUAUCUAGUCUUUUGUUCGUAAAGAGGGAAAAUAUUGACGUAAUAACUCGAAAAAGAAAGGUUACGUGUGUGUGUGUGUGUACGUGUGUUGGCAGACCUGGUGUGUGUGUGUGUGUGUGUGUGUGUGUGUGUGUGUGUGUGUGUGUGUGUGUGUACAGAGACAGCGCGUACAUGCGUGUGUGCGUGUUUGUCUUUCGGGUAAGGACACAUAAGUCAUCAGGUCUUGGUUUAGAGCGAUUUGGAGUGAGACGUAAUGAAAACAAGAUCAAAAAUAUGAAUA